GUUAGGUGUUUUUAAAAGUAGUAAGUAGCCUGUUCGAAUUUUGUUGAAGUAACCUGGAACUGUAACAGAUUGUUGUAUAACAUUGCCUUCUCCAUUACUGACUGCCCUGAAGCUCUAUCAUGAAAUAACAAAAUUUCCCAGUAGUAGUAAUGACAUCAUCACGCAUCAGGCAAUAUAAGUGUGUCAUCCUGGACCGAGUCAGAAAGGAACAGCUCCUAUUGAGAGCACUAUUGUACUGGAACUGAGCUCUGAAGCACAAUGCAGCCCAUCAGCAACUCCCUGCACACGCUGUUUGUCCUCGCUGGGAUCUUGGCUCUUGCUGUAGUUCUGACCCACGCCGCGCCCCUGACAGAGUUUUCCGGAGAAGUGGGCUUUUCCUUGGAGGACCCGGACUCCCAAAAGUUUGUCUCCAACAGCUUUGAUCUGACGAUCAAAAUCCAGAGCGAGAUCCAAGCCGUGCUGCAAGCCCACACCCUGCCGCUCCCUUCGGACUCGGAGCUGGGAGUGAUGGAGGUCCGGCUGCAGGUCCCCAGCCCCAAGCUAAGAGAAUGCCUCUCCCGAAUCUACGUGGAGAGCUGUCUGGCCCAGAUUCACGCUGGCUUGCGUUUGUAUCGUGGUUUCCUCCCUGUGGUUCAGCAUCACGUGGAGCCGGCACAGCGCCAUCAUGUGGACACGCUCUUCCACGAUGCCAAGGAUCUCCAGAAACAAAUACACCUGCAGAUGCUGUCUCUGGAGCUGCACCUGGUCAGCUACCCCGAGGAGGAGGGAGACCUGUCCUCCCCGCCCUUCCUGGGGGGGGUGAGCGGGGAGUCGGAGCGCCGCAUCGGGAGCUACAUCUUGCUUCGGAACUUCAAGAGCUUCAUGAUGUCAGUGUACCGAGCCCUGCGUAGCCUGCAGAGACACUGACCUGCUGAUCACCACAGCACAGCACAGCGCAGCACCGCCCAGCACAGCGCAGCACCGCCCAGCACAGCACAGCACAGCACAGCACA